AUCCCAGCACUGAAAGGACAUAAGCAGGCUUUGCAAAAUUCUGGCAGAUUCUCAGUUGUCCCUCACUAGACUGCAUUUUAUGCUCUAGAGGGAUAACAAGGUCAUCUUGAAAAUCCAUCCUCAUACAAACAUCUAGAUUGAAACCAUUGCUGGAAUUUUUACAAGGUGCUAUGGUUGCUGAGAAGCCGUAUUUGGCCAACAGACAAGUCCAGGCAGUUAUCCACUGCUUGUUUGGACAAGUUAGUUGUCAUGGAAAAGUAGCAUUACACUCUGCUUUAGCCUAUCUUUAGACACUGUCUGCAGCACUCAUGUUCUCUGACAAAGCUUUUCAUCAUUCAAAAAUAAUUUCAAAAUGUCACCAUGAGCAGAGAAAAAACCUGGGAAUUAGAAAAGGCAGUUGGACUAAAAACUAAGCAGUUCAAGUGUAGUAACUAAUAACUACGUGUUUAAAUAACAUACUUCCAAACACCGCACAUUUAAAAGAUAGAGAAAAUUAUAGAGCGGGAGAUGAUAGAAACACAGGACGACAACAUCCAGUUAUUUUUGGAUGCAGAGUUUUCUCCUAGUGUCAUCACUUCAAUAUAUCUGAAAAAACAAAACAAAACAAAACACACAACAAAAAACUUAAAAGGCAUGAGCGACCGCAGGAAAUGGAAAUGGUCCCCGGAGGCCGCAGCACCCCUGUGUCCGAGCGCUCCUGCCCUGGCGCGGGUGCCGGGGGAGCCUCUCCCCUCGGGGCCCUCUCCCCUCCGGCGCCCUCUCCCCUCGGGGCCCCUCUCCCCUCGGGGCCCCUCUCCCCUCCGGCGCCCUCUCCCCUCCGGCGCCCUCUCCCCUCGGGGCCCGUCUCCCCUCCGGCGCCCCUCUCCCCUCCGGCGCCCCUCUCCCCUCCGGCCCCCUCUCCCCUCGGAGGUUCCGCAGCUCGGCGCGCCAGGCGGCGCUGCGGGCACCAACAUGGCGGCGGGCGGCGAGCGUUGCGCGGCGGGGCUGCGGUAGAGGCUCCGGGCAGGGCCCCGGCGGUCCCGGCUUUCCGCCCGCCGCGGGCCGGGCAGCGGAGCGGGAGUGGCUGGCGGCAAAUGUGCAAUACCAAGAUGUCCUCCCUUACGGAUGCCUCUGUCACCGCUUCGGAGCAAGAGGCGCUGGUUAAGCCAAAGCCACUAUUGUUGAAAUUGUUAAAGUUAGCUGGUGCUGAAAAGGAUACUUUUACUAUGAAGGAGGUAAUAUUCUAUAUUGGACAAUAUAUUAUGUCUAAGCAAUUAUAUGAUGAAAAACAGCAGCAUAUUGUACACUGUGCAAAUGAUCUCCUGGGGGAUUUAUUUGGAGUAACAAGCUUUUCAGUAAAAGAACACAGGAGACUAUAUUCAAUGAUUUCCAGAAAUCUGAUAGCAAUCAAUCAACAAGACUCUACCCUUGGUGACACACCUGAGGAUGAUGCCACAUCUCAGCUUGAUGAAGAAAAUGUUAUUAAGGAGUCUGUGCAAGAGUUGGAAGAGAAGCAGACUUCAUCAAACGUGACUUCUCGACCAACUACAUCCUCUAGGAGGAGGACACACAGUGAAUCUGAAGAAAAUUCUUCAGAUGAUCAGCACAGUGACAGAAGAAAGCGGCACAAGUCAGACAGCAUCUCGUUGACGUUUGAUGAAAGUCUCUCAUGGUGUGUAGUCAGUGGUCUGUGCCGUGAAAGAAGCAAUAGCAGUGAUUCAACAGAUUCUCUUUCCAUUCCUGAUCUUGACGCUAGUUCAUUAAGUGAAAACUCUGAUUGGUUUGACCACAGUUCUGUAUCAGACCAGUUCAGUGUCGAGUUUGAAGUUGAGUCUAUUUAUUCAGAAGAUUAUAGUCAUAAUGAAGAAGGGCAGGAGCUCACAGAUGAAGAUGAUGAGGUUUAUCAGCUGACUAUUUACCAGGAUGAAGAUAGUGAUGGUGAUUCAUUUGAUGAAGAUCCAGAGAUUUCUCUAGCUGAUUAUUGGAAAUGUCCCGAAUGUAAUGAAAUGAAUCCUCCACUUCCACGACAUUGCCAUAGAUGCUGGGCCCUUCGUGAGGACUGGCUUCCAGAUGAAAAGAGCGAGAAAUUGGAAAAGAGCGAGAAAUUGGAAAAGAGCAAAUUAGAAGCCUCCUUUCUUGCAGAGUCUGGAGAAGGUUUUGAUGUUCCUGACUGCAAGAAAACAAAAAUGACUGAAGAUAAAGAACCAGCUGUUGAUCAGAAUGAGGAUAAAGCAUUACAACUUUGUGAGUCCCAAGAAAGUGAAGGUUAUUCCCAGCCAUCAACGUCAAGCAGCAUGUUCUGUAGUAGUCAGGAGGACUUUAAGGAACCUGAGAAGAGAGAAAUGCAAGACAAAGAGGAAAGCACAGAAUCCAGUCUGCCUGUUACCAGCAUAGAGCCCUGUGUCAUAUGUCAGAGCAGACCUAAAAAUGGCUGCAUAGUACAUGGCAAAACAGGACACCUCAUGUCAUGUUUUACGUGUGCAAAAAAGCUCAAGAAGAGGAACAAACCCUGCCCAGUGUGCAGGCAGCCCAUACAAAUGAUUGUACUAACUUAUUUUAGUUAGAUACAUAUUGACUGGAAAGCUGCAAAAGAAUUCAUGAACUGGAUAAGAGAGUAAGAAAUUAUUUUUGUAUGCUUAUUGAAAAAUUAAUAUUUUGUGUCUCUUGGCAUUCUGUGUGAAAAAUAAUUGCUGACAUAAAUGCACUGGAGUUACUAAGAGGUUUGCCUAAUAUUCAUAAGUCAUCUGGGAGAUUUUAAAUCUUUUUUCUCAGUAGAAGUAACCAGGUCCUCUAAACCACCUGCCUCUCCAAGUGUUUAAUGUUCCAUGCUAGUUAGUGUUAUUCAUUUUAUUGAAUUAAAUACAUUCAUUAAAACACCAAAUUCAGUGAUUGUUGGAGGAGAGAUAUGUUGAAGUGUUUAUUUCUGCAAGUUCCUCAUUUAAGGAAAAUAGAUGAUUAUCUAGGUUCCAGUUUUUGUUGCCUGGUGAAGACGUAAGGCUCAAUCUGACCCCUGUGAAAAAGUCAAUAAAAUGAAUAAAUAGAAUCUUUUCUUAAAUACCUCCAAGUAACCAAAUUCUAUGGGAGGUCUUACAAGGGAGUAGGGAAAGAUGUGGUAAAAAAUAGUUAAUACUUUGGAAACAGAAAAGGGUAUUGUGUGUCUUUUAUUUUUAUAGUGUGCAUUGUAAACAUAAGGGCUGUGUGUCCCCUGAGAAGUCAUUGAUCCAAGCUCAGUCAUACAGUUCCUCUCAAAUGUCCUGAGAAACUGGCAUUUGUUGGUUUGGAGGUCUGUACUAAUUAUGAUGACAAUUAUUAUUAUUAAUUUAGCAGCAUGAAACAAGUCUCAGGCAGACAAGAUAAAUGAAGGAUAUGCUAUGAGCUGUCAUGUCAGGCACUAUUAGGGACAGCUGUUUUCUUUUUCUGCACUUGUUUCUGACUUAGCAGAAUACAUUCAGCUUCAUUGCUACAUUCACUUUAAUAAAAGUAGAAAAAAAAACAAAACCACCUUCAUCUGCAGAAACCAUUCAGCUAUACAGUUCCAGUUCACAUUCUUUAAGUGUGGUAGUCUUUCCAACUCGCUGUUCUUACCUGUAUCACAAGAAUUCUGAAAAUCUUUUGCAAAGUGUUUGUCCAGCUCAAAUUUUGUCUCAUUGGACCUGUCUUUUACUGCUUCUAGCUCUUGUCUCUCCUCACUGUACUUUGUCAAAAGCUUUGUGAAACUUAGCAGUUCUGUGCCCAGGAAGUCUGCUGCCUGCCUCCCUUCUGGGGAUCUUCAGCUAGUGUGGGAGCCAGGAUGUGGUAAAGUCACUCAGCUGCUUUUCACAUGGAGUUUCUGUACCCAGUGAUAUUUAUUCCUUUGGAAAACUAUGUUACAAGAGGAGUUGUAUAUUUUUAGCACCUGUUGUUUUUACAGGUAGUUGCUGAUUGUGUGCCCAGUAGGGAAUGGCAUACAAAGUCACGAAUGGAGAUGUAGUCCAAGUGCAGGAAUUGUGCUGUGUUACUAUUUUACAGGCCGAGGCUCAACAGCUUCCCUAACACCAGCAGUAUAAAAUUGCUGAUGACUGUGUGCUGGAACAGAGACUUCUGUUGUUCUCAAUUCCAGGGCUGCAAAUGCCUGGAUGUACCGAAAGUAAUUACUUUGUAGGUAAAUACUGAAUUAUUUGGAUCAUUCAUAUUUUGUUCAUAUAUUUGAGCUAUUUCUUUAAAAAUACCACUAAAAGAUAGUGGUGUACCUGAAGUUCUAACAAUGUUCAUUUUAACUAAGCUAAAUAUACACACCAGUUGUAUACAUCCAAAUUCUUACUUGCAAGUCUCUUGCCUCCUGCAGUUUAUAAAGGGACAGCGGGUAGCUGGAAGUUCUUUGAAGUUUUUUGAUCAGCAGAAACCUUUCACGGGUUUUAUAGGAUUUGAUAAUCCUUCAGCCUGAGAUAGAAAAGGCCUUUGAGCAGAUUGUUGAUCUUUUCAAGUAGGGAUACUAAUAGAGGGCUAUCUGCCUUACUUAAUUUUUUUUUUAAUUUUUGAUUUGAUAAAUUUAGUUGCAGAGAGGCUUGCAGAGGCUUUUCAUUGCACUUGUAGGUGAGAGAGAACUAGAUGUGUAUAUGCAGAAGCAUCAGUAACAUGGGGACUGUACCUAAAAGGUUCCAUCUUCUUACGGAGCUUUGUCCCCUGCAUUGUCUGCCAUGUCUUCCUCUCCCUCAGCACGAUGCCUUCUCUGCAGUUGCUGCCCUGGCUGUGUAACUGCAGUGCUGGGGAAGCAGGUGUCCUUAUCUAGUUCCUGUUGGGAAAAAUUGUACCAUCCCGCUCUUGGCAUUCUUUUCCAGUCACGUGCCUUCUGUUGCAGAGAAUAGCCCUGGAAAUACCUUCCACUUGCUACAACGGUGAGGAAAUGGGGAGUUUUAAUUUCUCCAUCUGCAAAUCACUGUGUCAAGUGUUUUGGUUUGAGUUACAUUUUAUGUCUUAAUAUUAUUCUUAAUGACUUCUUGCACAACUUUAUUUGGUGUGGGUGCAUGCCUUCCAAGAGGAAGUGAUGGGCAUUGGCGCCUGUUCCUGUUGGGGACGCUGGGAGGCAGUGCAAGUGCAGGCCCGGCGCCCGGGGGUGUGUCACAGUGACUCCUGUAAUGACUUCCGUGGUGACUCCCGCCUGUGGCUCGGAGCCUUUGGCUCUGCCUCCGCCUCUGCUCCCAGCCUGGCCGUGCUCCACGUGUAGGCAUGAGCGGUGAGCACCCUGCUUGUUCUGGCACAAAAAUCGGCAAAAUUUUGGUACAAAAGUUCCUUCUUGGUGAGGUGUUUGAGAUCCUUAUUUAAUAUCACACAUAUUUUAAUCUCUAAUUUAUUGCUCUUUGUAAAUAUCCUUGUGCUCACACUUGAUGUUUUGAGCUCUAAUUUAUUGAAUUAAUUACUGGUUAUAUAAAUAUGUUUAUUUAGUAAAUCACAGGCACAAGAAAAGUAUUUUAAGAAAUGUAGCAUUAAAAUACAGAUAAAUACUUGUAUUAUAUUCAGAUUGAGAAUGGCACAGAAAGGUUUGUGGCUAUGUUCCCCUUUUCCCUUUCCUUAAAACAACUUCUGCAUUGAACCUGAACAAGAUUUAUUAAAUAGGGAUGGUGCUGGUGCAACAUUAGCAUAGUGAAAAUGUUUUGGUGGUGUUUUGCUUUCCUUUGGAAUGUUUUUGCAUCCCUCAAUACAGGCAAGGAGCUGACAGACUGCUUUUGAGGGUGAUGGUCUGGGAGAUGCAGGACAGUGAUGAGAGGCUUUAAGGUUAAUUUGCAAAAGUGGAAAUGGCUUUUGCCUUUAGACACACAACCAAGAAGGUGCAGGGGAUGCCAGAAGCCCACAGGAUGCAAUUGUAUGUGAUUUUCAGUAAUUUUAUUAGUCUCUUGCUUCUUGCACAUCAGGCAGACAAUAGUUAUGUACAAAUAGUGCAAGAACUUGCAUUUAUUAGUUUUUAGAAAGUACAAUAAACCUAUUUGUUUAAAUACAAGUUUUGAACUAUUGACCUAUUUGUUAGUAUUGACAUUAUAUUAGUUUUGAAAUUCACCCCACACUGGCAGGAUCAUGGGCUGUGCCAUCCUGUGCCUCUCCCCUUAGAAGGUGUUUUAAAAAGGGUAAAAGUGGUUCAGAAUGCUCACUGGCAAAAAGCUUACAUUUCUUCUAAGAGUGUGGUACGAUUUUUAUCACUGAGUUCUGUUUGCUGUACAUUUGUUCAAAUGUCACUGUCUCUGAAGUGUCUGUGUGUGAAGGUGCUUGCAGGACUUGAGGCAGAUUUUUUUUUUUCUUUUAUGACUAAUACGAGGAAGAGAAAAUUCCUCGUUCUUACAGAAAGUGUCAACAAGGAUAAUUGUUUCAGAAAGUUGUAUUUUACAAAACAGAUUAGAAAAUUAUUAGGAGCCUAAUGAAACUGAAUGAACCAAAUAAAUAGAUGAAAAUAGGGUGAAGAUUUUUUUCUUCCCCAUCUUAAUCGAAGGCUGCUGUUGUGUUACAGCAUCACUUUCUUUAGGUUAGAGUUCAUCAUUUUGAAGCAGGUAAUUUAUUCAGCAUAUUAACUUGCCACACACAUGGUGGGACAGGAGUUAUCCUUUAUUCCAGGAAGAUCUGGCAUUUUGUUGUGCAACAUCUGGCCUGAGAAGGGGCAUUUGCUGUUGUGGAGCUUCCCUGUGGGAAGGAGCAUAUUGGACAUGUUCAUGGGACAUGCACAGGCAGCGUUGUCGUGGAGGGGCUGUAGUGUGGCCUUGUUCCCACAGCACAGCAGAGCCCUGCUGGAGCAUCAGCCCUCUCCUCUUUAGGGGAUUACCCGCCCUGCCCUGCCUUUCCAGGUCCUCCAUGCCAGAGUCCAAGGUACGUCUUGUUCUUUAAAGGUUGCACAAGCAAAGCACAAAACCCAGCUUAAGGUUUUAACAAAGGAUUGCACUUACCGAAUGUGAAAAAUUGUUGCUUUUAACUAAAGUGUGGGGGUUUUGCUAGUGUUUUUUUUUUUUUUUUAAGCACAGGGCCACUGAAAAGCUUCAAGUGAAUGCUUCUUUAGUGUAUCCAUAGCUAUAUUAUACGUGUGAAAUUUGUCAGUGAUACUUAAAAAGGUGGUGGCUUCCCUUUUGGGUAGAUGUUGUAGCUUAACACUUUGCUUUUAAAGGACAGUUCUUGGUCUUGAGCCAUAGUAGUGGCUGUCAGGAUGAUGAUUACUUAGCACCUAAAAUACCAAUAACUUUUCUAAAACCAGAAUCUUUGUUGUCUGACUACACAUAGCUGGGAUGACUGUUGAAUAGAGUAGUUCAUAGUGAUGUUAAAUAACUAUGCAACACGCUUUCAAGAGCUUGACCGGGUGCAUUACUUUCCAGCUGCCCAGUGCAUGUAUGACCACAGUCAGUAACCAUUAAAAUGCAAGUAUCCAUUCCAAUUGCAUAAAGUGUAGACCCAUGUAUGAGAAGUUUCACAUAUGUUGCAUUUAUCUUUCAAUUUUCAGUUUUUCCUUUUCUGAUGAAAAGUGAGAACUGUGUUCCAUUUAAAAGCUUUAAAUAAAGGUUUGUAUAUCUAC